UCUUCACCCACACCAGCAGCUGUUGCUAGCUGUCUGUCCCCUCCUGUCCUGUGACCCCGACGGCCUCACUCCUCUAUUUCUCUCUCCCUGCAUGCUCAGCUCAGCUCUCAGCUCGAUCCUCCCUCCCCUCCUCGUCCCUAUCAUUCCCGUUGCGGCAUUGCCCCAAUUUAGCGCGGAGACGGGCGCGCCGACCUCCCAUUCUCGCUACCCGCCCGCCAUUCUCGCUCCGCAGCGGCGGCAGGGCGCCCCGGCAGCGGGAGCAGCGAAACACGCGAGCUAAAAACGGGCACCGCGCGCGCGAUCCCCGGCACCCGCGCCCGCCGGCCUUACAUUGCCAGCCCGGGCCCUCGGCAUUGGGGGAGGUUCCGGCGUUGCGCCGUCGUUCCCGCGUGUUGCGUUGAUUCCUCGAACCAACGCGCGGCGCGGGGUCCCGGCCAUGGCGCAGCUGCCGCCCAAGAUCCCCGCCAUGGCGCCGGCAUGGCCCGAGUUCGGGGGCGGGCACCACCACCACGCCCACCACCAUCACCAGCGCAGCCCCUCCGUGGGCACGUUCCUCGCCGCGCCCAUGCCCCCGCUCCCGCUCCCCCCGCCGCAGCAGCCGUCCUGGGUCGAGGAGUUCCUCGACUUCACGGCCGCCAAGCGCGGCGCGCACCGCCGCACCGUCAGCGACUCGGUCGCCUUCCUCGAGCCCGGCCCCGACGACGGCAAUGCCGCGCACGACUUCGACCGCCUCGACGACGACCAGCUCCUGUCCAUGUUCUCAGACGACCUCCCGCCGCCGCCGCCGCCACAGCAGCAGGCCGCUCCCGUGGCGAGCUCGUCGUCGCCGUCCGACCACAACAGCAUCAAUGACGAGAAGACGGACAGGGCCGAGACCGAGGAGGCGCAGAGCAAGUGCCACGGGGACUGCGCCGCCGCCGCGCCGGGGCAGCCGGCCUCCGCCGCCGCAGUUGAUCCCAAGCGCGUCAAGAGGAUCCUGGCGAACCGGCAGUCCGCGCAGCGGUCGCGCGUGCGCAAGCUGCAGUACAUCUCGGAGCUGGAGCGCAGCGUCACGUCGCUUCAGACGGAGGUGUCGGCGUUAUCCCCGCGCGUUGCCUUCCUCGACCACCAGCGCUCGCUGCUGACGCUGGGGAACAGCCACCUCAAGCAGCGGAUCGCCGCGCUCGCGCAGGACAAGAUCUUCAAAGAUGCUCAUCAAGAGGCCCUGACGAAGGAGAUCGAGAGGCUGAGGCAAAUCUACCACCAGCAGAGCCUGAAGAACGCCGAGUCGUCCCCGACGCCCGACGCGGCCCCGAUCCGCAGCGACAAGGACCUGAUCGCCAGCGAGGGGACCGCGGCGCCCGCGCCCUGCCCGCCCUCGUGAUGAGGCCGGAGACCAUCCGGUCGCUGUAGUGGGUGGGGGGUGGGGUGGGGGGGGGGAGGUGGCCUCCGCCUGUCGUCCAUGACAACGAGAGGUGUCGCUGCUUGGGUUUGUGCAUUCCUUGGGGGUGUAAUCGUGAUGUUAAGGAGAGUCUCGAUUGAUUUGGUUUUGUUCAUUCUCGCAUCCUACUCUGCUGCUGGCUGCCUGCUGCUCCUCCUUCCACCUCCCUGAUUUGUAAUUUUUGUUUGGGCAUUUUGGGCGAAGGUUGCUGUAGGUAAGAGACCAAAUGUAAUUCAGAUUGGUUGAGGUCGAUUUGUGUGUUUGGGGUGGUUUUGUAUCUGAUCAUUCGGAAAAAAAAAUGUAUGUUUUCGGAACGAA